AUGUCGCAUCGAAAGCGACCCACCGCUUACGAAGUGUCCUUUCCUGAGGAGGUCGCUCAGGAGGCCGAUCCUCCGGCGCGAUCGUCCUCUGACGUCGUAAGUCAGGCCAACGCAUCCCGGCUGCCUGCAUACACAGUCAAAAGAAAGGAGCGAGACGAACUAGGGGUGAUCAGAUACCAACCCCAUCCUACUGAUAUUCAAGAACAUGCAGGGAUGCUCAUACGCGGCGAAGAUCAAGACGAAGGAGGAGACAUUGAGGAUGUCCCUGUGCGCGUACUGUCGGAUUUUUGUAUCUUCCACCCGAAGAGUCACCAGAUACAAUCUCUUAGGGUGUUCGACGACGAAACCCAAGAUCAUAAUCUGAUAGCGGCUGGAUGGGUGCAGCCUGUGUACGCGAAUGAGGAGGACGCCGGGCAAGAAGACGAGGACCCGGAGAACAGCACGGUGCAGCGCCUGCGCACCAGCGCAAUAUUCCGAUAUACCAUCGAUUACGAGAAGAUAGACGACCCGGUAUAUAUACAGACUCAGUACGGCUGGUAUAUGCUCAAGAAGCCCUCGAAGACCUACAGCCGCUGCUUCCUCGACUUCUAUACGACACACCGGAUCUUGCAAGUCUUGAUAUCGGCCGCGAAGGAGAACCCACGUUGGACUUAUGCGGAUUUCCAUAAGUCAUAUAUCGGCAUGUGGGAUCAUCUUUUGCAGCGCAGGCUUCAGCCAGCAGAUAUCGAUGACGUUGUCCCCCACGUGCAAUCGAUAUUGCAAGAGCUCGGAGACGGAGACCAACUUUGGACGGUCCCGAUGAUUCGAGACGUGCUUCAGCGGGCCCGCGGCCCAGGUAGACACCGCUUUCUGCGCCCUGUGCUCGCCCCGAGCACCCAUCGUGCACCCGCACCGACAAAUCGGCGCACGCAACGGGCACUCACCGGUAACAUUGACCUCGCCGUGCUCCAUCCGGAAAAUCAAAGUCGGACGCAUGUUACGCCGCUCAUCGACAAGCUCGCCGUGGGGCUCUUCCAAGAGCACCUCGAGGUCGUCGGUGCGAAGCAGCCAGACAAGCGCGACAUGGCGCAGGUCGAGAAGACGGGCCGAGCAUGGUUCAUCAAGCUACUAGAGAGGUGGCAGAAAUACGAGAUCAAGCCACCGAAAGUCGAGUUCCGCCCUAGCGCACGCAUUGCCGGCGACUAUUGGAAGAGUAUGAAGAUUGACGGGACCGAAUAUUCGGUGGGCGACGUCAUCAUAGUUCCCGCGGGUCCGGACGAGGAGAGACAUCGCAAGAAAGCCGUUUUGCCGUCUGACCUCGGUGCUGUCAGUUCGACGGCAACGUUUGCAGACUACUUCUGGUUCGGCAAGAUCAUAUACAUCGACCGAGCAGAAGAACGGGUUCAUUGCCAAUGGCUUGAACAUUCUUCGAUGACGAUGCUAGGGGUGAUCGGUGACCCCGAGGAACUCUUCUUGUGCAAUUCAUGUAGCGCGGACAAUAUCCACAUACAGGCUAUCGUCGGGAAAGCACCUGUCCACUGGGGUGUCUCACCAAUGGAUCUCGUCGACCCAGAUGACUUCUGUUGUCGAUUUGUCUACAAUGAGCUCGACGCGUCAUUCAUUUCCGUUGAUGAUGUAUACGGGUUUGCUGCGGAGUCAAGUGCACUGCCACAAAACUGCCCAGUCUGCUUGCUCAGUCAAGCACAUGCAGACGAAGAUGACUGUCGUUCUGUCAAAGAUGGCAUUGCAUAUCAUGGAGCUACUUACCACGUUCAUGACUUCGCUCUACUUGCAAAUGGAAGUCAUGAGGGCCCUGCCAUAGUUGUGCAGAUUUUGGAUAUCGGCAGUGGGUCUAGAGGCUCAGAGGUGCUGACAGUACGUCUACUGGGGCGCAUUAGCGGCAUUAUUAGCAUCUGCCCUAAUAACAUGAUCAAGGAUGAGCAACAUCUAUUUCUCACUGAUGAGGAAAAAACCAUCCAUCCUGAACAGCUCAUUCGGCACUGCAGUGUCCUCCAUCCAGAUGCUGUACCUGUGGAGCUAUCAGACUGGCUGUCUUCCUCUCCUUAUCAUUUCUACAUCAAGUAUCAUUUCCCAGUGAUGAACCCUAUCAAGUGGCACACACACACUGUUGUUCAAGCUAGGGACAUAUUGGUUUGCUCAUCUUGUUAUGAGGACAACAAGGCUAAGGUUCUUAGUAUGAAGAACUUCCUUCAGUCUAAUCCUCCUUUAAAAGCCUUUGAUCCCUUUGGUGGUGUAGGAGCCUUUGGCCUGGGCUUAGAGGAAUCAGGUUGCCUGAAGGUAGUGCAAACAAUUGAAAUCUCACCUAGUGCAGCACAAGCUCUACAAGAGAAUUGUCCUCACACAACGGUUUAUAACCAGUGUUCCAACGUUGUACUACAGUAUGCCAUCAAGAAUCAUGCAGGACACAAGCCUCAGGUUCCUCGUGCAAUUGGAAAUGGUCAAAGAGCACUGCCAGAUCCUCCAACUCCAGGGCAGAUUGAUUGUAUUAUAGCUGGAUUUCCAUGUCAACCACACUCACAACUCAACAUGUUCCAGCGAGCAGAUGAUCGCAAGAGCCAUCUUAUUCUCAACCUUCUCUCAUGGGUCAACUUCUUGCAACCUCGGUUUUGCCUUUUUGAAAAUGUCCGUGGCUUUCUCAGUUAUAAUCUGAAUGCCACACAGGCCGGUCGUUACCGUGUUGAAGGUGGGAUCAAAAUGGGAGGGCUGAAAUUCCUAGUUCACUCAUUGCUUGCGAUGAACUAUCAAGUGCGUUUUGCACUUUUGCAAGCGGCUCAUUAUGGAACACCACAAUCCCGAAUCCGCUUUUUCUUGAUUGCUGCAAGAAGUGGACAUCCUCUUCCAGCAUUCCCACAACCUACACAUGAUUUUCCACUCAAGGACUCCCUCAAGCUUGAGUUCACCAACAAAGGCAUUGCGAGGCCGAUUUGGACCCAAAAUGGAACUGUGCCUCAUAAUUAUGUAUCUGUGGAUGAUGCAAUUUCCGAUCUGCCACGCUUUCAUUGGUCUAACCCACGCAAACUCUUCAAGAAUCACCCACAACAGGAUAAUGAUGGCAUACCUGAAGUUGCAUGUGAUGCUUCAAGAUCAUACUGUCGUCCACCAGGAGCCCUUGAUAGUUAUCAUACGCCACCAAAGACCAGCUUUCAGGUCAAGUGUCGGCAGAGAAAGCCAACUGAUUUGCAACAAUUCACCCGGGUGUUCAAGGAAGAGACGGUGGAGAGGGUCGUCAAUAUUCCUCUUCAGCCCAAAGCGGACUACAAGAGUCUUCAUCCGGAUAUGUGGGAAUGGCUAUUUGCAAAUCCUGCAUCUGCGACCGCGCGAGAUGGCUUUCACUCAGGCCUGUAUGGACGCAUUGAUGCGAGUAGAUGGUUCCAGACAACUGUCACAAAGGUUGAACCAACAGCAAAGCAAUCGUGGGUCUUAAAUCCAUAUUGCAAACGUAUGGUAACAGUUCGCGAACUUGCAAGGUCUCAGGGGUUUCCCGAUCACUUCCGCUUCUACUCAUACAAUGACGACGUUAAAACAAUGCAUCGCCAGAUUGGUAACGCAGUACCAUUCCCAGUGUCGUCUGCCUUGGGGCGCGAACUAAGGGAAGCCGCGUUCAAGUACUGGCUAGCAAGUCGUGCGCAGGCGAUUGUUGUUGAAUAG